GUUCGGUGCGCGCCACUUCGAUCCUUUCGCGUGGAGGAUGAAGGCGUCGGGUGAUGUAUGUCGUCUCUUGGUACUCAUUAAUGGUUUAGCUUCGUCUGUACUCUGUUGUCGGGCGGAAGCUACCGACCGACAAGGAACCGAAGACAGUUCCCUACCGUAUGCGCAUCUUCGCUCCAAAUUCAGUUGUUGCGAAAUCAAGGUUUUGGUACUUCAUCCGCCAGCUGAAAAAAAUGAAGAAAGGCAACGGCGAAAUUUUGGCUUGUGAACGCAUACACCCACGGAAGCCUUUGAUGGUGAAGAAUUAUGGGAUUUGGUUACGUUAUAACAGCCGUUCUGGUACGCACAAUAUGUACAAGGAGUACCGCGACCUAACGGAGGAAGGCGCUGUCACACAGAUGUAUCGGGAGAUGGCAGCUCGUCAUAGUGCCCGUGCGGAGUCAAUUCAGAUAAUUGACAUCAAGGCCAUCCCUGCGUCCAAGUGCAAGCGGGCGUACAUCACGCAGUUCCACGACAACAAGCUGAAAUUCCCACUACCGCACCGAAUCACCAAGUCUCUGCAUCACCCACGGUUCACAACCAGGAGGCCUAUCACAGCAUUUUAGGCCUGUGUUUAAUGAAUAAAAGGUUUUUUGGUUUGGUUUUUUUCUUGAGUGAAGCCACUGGUUUUCUACCGUGGGCGCACCGACUGCUAUUCCUGUCAUUCCGAGAUGUCUGCUGGGAUAGUCUUUUGAAAUAGCUUAUCACUGAGUCCUGUCAUCGCGAUGGUUCCGCCGGUCAUUCGAUCGGGAUCACUCCAGUUCCUAUUUUCCGUUAGUUUUCAAAAGUUCCAGCUGGCAUUCUUCCGUCCAAAGGGAGAAUUUCGGCAUGGAGGUGUGACGCAAUCGUACUACAUUGUCUCACUUAUUGUAAUCUGUACACCACAAGCGUUUCGUGGUCAUUUUACGUGCUUUUGGAUGUUUUUGUAACCCUAGGAGCUAGUGAGAUCAUAAAUAAAUCGAAUUUCCCUGGAGUAGGCAUUGACAAGAUGAGU